UCCUCCAAAAGAGGUUUUACCUGGGCAACCAGCACGUGGUCACCUCUCAGGUGAGCCCCAGGUGUGUGUGUGUGGUCCCCAAAAUCCUCCCCAAAUCCUCCAGAAGAGAUUUUACCUGGGCAAUCACCUGCACAGGCAGAUGGGCGUGCACUCAGGUGUGCCCCCCUCCCCAGGUGUGCGGGAAUUCACCUGUGACACCUGCGGGAAAUCCUUCAAGCGCAAGAACCACCUGGAGGUGCACAGGAGGACGCACACCGGGGAGACCCCCCUGCAGUGCCAGGUGUGCGGGUACCGCUGCCGCCAGCGCGCCGCCCUCAGCUGGCACAUGAGGAGACACGGGGGGCUGCAGGGGCGCCCCGAGCCCCGGGGCACCUAGGCACCCCCUGACUCACCUGGGCUCACCUGAGCGC